AUGGGUGGUGAUCAAAAUGUAUCUGCUGAUUAUGGGCGUUUUGUUGCUCUUUUGGAUUCCUCGGCGAAUCUGAAGUCGCUCGAACCGGGUAUAGAGGCACUUGAAUUGUUGAAACGGUCGCCUUUCGCUUUUGAUGUUCAAUUAAAUAAUCAACUGGUUGAAAUGCAUGCGAAUGCGGAGAUGGACGCCGGAGUUGAUGGUCUAUUGUUUGUUGAGGAAAUGAAAAAAGGUUACGGUUGCAGCCCAAGUCGGAGACUUUCGUUGGCUGUCUUCAUGACAUGUGCUUGCGCUGGAGCUGUUUUGUUGAGAGGAUGCCAUUUGAGCCCACGGUUGAGGGUAAAUAGGCAUUUUGCACGAAUUCACGGGGAUCAUGAACUGGAGAAUCGAGUAGAGGAGUUGUUAGUUACUCCUGAUCCUUCUGAAGGCAACGAUAAUAAAGUCCCAUUUUCCCCAAGAAAGAAGUACAAUGCUAGUGAUAUGCUGGCGGAGAAGAGUAGGGUCGCUGAAUAUCAGUGCCCAAAACCUUACGAGGGAGAGGGUUAUGAGAUGUUGAAAGGUUUGAAUGGGCAAACGAGGAAGCUAGUUAUGUUCCAAAUACUAGAUAUGUGA